GGUCGGGCACUAUGACGAGAAUAUGUUACCUGAAAUGUUGCCUAUAUAUUACACUCGGCUUUUCCCCCAAAAUAUAUUUUGUAGGUGGCUCACUUGUGGGAGUCAUCCACAGCCACUUUCAAACCGAGAAUUGUCGUUUACAUUAGCCGAUGAUGUCUAUUUGCGAUAUUUGACUAUUUGUAAUCAAAAGGAAUUGCAAACCCUUCUCCAGAAAAAAUGUCCACAUAAGUUGGAUAUUGGAGCCGUUUACAACACAAAGCCCUCAAUAGGACGUCACGACGCAGUUGUGUUGUCUAGAGAGCUGGUGUUUGAUAUAGAUCUUACAGAUUACGAUGAAAUCCGAACAUGCUGCCAGGAAGCAAAAGUGUGUGAGAAAUGCUGGAAAUUCAUGAUAAUAGCUUGUGAAAUUAUUGAUCGGACACUAAGAGAGGAUUUUGGUUUCCAAAGCAUUUUGUGGGUGUUUUCUGGUAGAAGAGGUAUUCAUUGCUGGGUGUCGGACUAUGAAGCUAGGACAUUGGACAGUCCUGGCAGGGGAGCAGUGGCUGACUACAUGUGCCUGAUAAUGGGAGGUGAUAACCAAAACAAGAAGGUUCAUCUUGGCAGUGAUAAUCUACAUUCAAGUAUUAGGAGAGCACUCGCAAUCAUUGAUAAAUAUUUUGAGCAGUUACUCCAAGAGCAAGAGUUUCUUAGCACUUCAGACCGUCUGGAAAAGUUGUUAAAAAUGAUUCCUGAUGAUACAUUGAGGUCUCUAGUUAAAAAAAGCUUAGAAAGCAUGCCUGAAGCAUCUUUAGAUAGAUGGAAUUCUUUCAUAAGUGUGUAUGAGAGUUAUUGCAGAGAAUCAGGAAAUGUCAGAAAACUAAGGUACUUGGUAGAAGAAAUCAAGAUUCAGUACAGCUAUCCUAGAUUAGACGUAAAUGUCACCAAAGGUUUCAAUCAUUUACUUAAAUCACCAUUCAGUAUUCACCCAAAAACUGGCAAGGUAUCUGUUGUAUUCAAACCAAGUAAUGCAAAGAAUAUGAAACUGGAUGAAAUUCCUUCAAUCUACAGUUUGUUGGAUGAUAGCUCCCCAGACCAUGCUCAACAUGAAACUAAUAUGAGAGCAGCUGUGAAAAACUUUCAGGAAGUGGUAUUUUCGUUAGAGAAAUCUGAAGCAAUCAGAAGAAAGGCUGAUGCUAAUAUGUCUCUGGAAUUUUGA